AACUUUCCAUUUAGUCCUCGUUUGGAUUUUAGAUCACGCACAUCUCCACAGUGUUGCUUGCUACGUUCGUAAGUACAUACGUGAAGUAAAUUUCCAUAGAAACUUGUCACGAUGGCUUCCCUACCGAAAAUCGCGAUGAACAAGACAGUGUACGAGAGGUACAUGUCACUCCCACUGGAUCAGAAUCUGUCGCAAUUAACGUACGUCUGGAUUGAUGGCACAGGCGAAUACCUCCGCGCAAAGACAAGGACGCAUUAUUCCGUUCCCAAGACGGCUGAGGAACUACCCAUCUGGAAUUACGACGGUUCUUCCACCUACCAGGCUGAGGGGUCCAAUUCUGACGUGUAUCUCCACCCUGUCGCCCUUUACAAGGACCCAUUUCUCCAAGGGAACCAUAAGCUCGUGCUCUGCGAGACUUACAAAUACAACAAGAAGCCGACCGAGACGAACCACCGUGCCACGUGCCUCGACGCCAUGACCAAGGCGAAAGCGACGCAUCCCUGGUUCGGCAUGGAACAGGAGUAUUCUCUUCUGGACCGAGAUUUGCAUCCGUUUGGCUGGCCCAAAUCUGGAUUUCCGGGACCACAAGGACCCUACUAUUGUGGCGUUGGGGCGAACAAGGUCUUUGCUCGAGAUGUGGUGGAGGCGCAUUACAAGGCCUGUCUAUUUUCUGGAAUCCGAAUCUGUGGAACGAACGCGGAGGUGAUGCCGGCCCAGUGGGAGUACCAGGUCGGUCCCUCCGAAGGCAUCGACAUGGGCGACGAGUUGUGGAUGUCGAGAUACAUUUUGCACCGUGUCGCUGAAGAUUUUGGCGUCGUCGUCAGUUUGGAUCCUAAACCGAUUCCAGGUGAUUGGAACGGAGCCGGUUGCCAUACCAAUUUCAGCACUGAGGCGAUGCGCGGAGAGAACGGGAUAGUCGAAAUUGAGAAAGCAAUCGACCGUCUGUCCCGCCAACAUGCUCGCCACAUCAAAGCCUAUGAUCCCAAACAAGGCAAAGAUAACGAACGACGACUCACUGGACACCAUGAAACGUCAUCGAUCCAUGAUUUCUCUGCUGGCGUGGCAAAUCGUGGCUGUUCAAUCCGUAUUCCUCGAAGUGUGGCGGAGGAACGUAAAGGAUAUUUGGAAGAUCGACGCCCGUCGUCAAACUGCGAUCCGUAUUGUGUCACUGAAAUUAUCGUGCGUACCACUUUGUUGGACGAGUAAUUCUUAGGUGUGGAUUUUUUUUGUCUUUUUUUGUCUUGCAAAAUAAAUAAAUAAGUGAAUUGAAAUAAAUACUUGUAAAGUUUAAAUUAAAAUGUAA